AUGAAAGCUGGGUUUCGAGAAGCUGGAUUAAUACCAUUUAAUCCCGAAGCUGUACUCUCAAAAUUAGAUAUUCGAAUUCAUACACCUACUCCUCCUCCUUUCGAUUUGGAUCUUUGGAUCUCUCAAAUCCUUCACAAUCCAAUUGAAGCUCUUUCUCAAUCAACUUUAGUAAAAUCUCGAAUAUCUCGUCAUCAAUCAAGCUCUUUUACACCUAUAUUCGAAACUGUACUAGCUUUAGCUAAAGGCACAGAAAGAUUGGCAUAUGAAAAUACACUUUUAAGUGCAGAAAACCAUACACUUCGGAAGGCAAAUGAGGCAUUGUUUGAACGAAGUGAAUGA